AUGAAACGGGCACAAAACGAUAAAAUUGAAAAUUUUAAUAAUUGUAAUAAAAAACCAAAAUUAGAAAAUCAAAUAACAAUAGUCAGUGAUAAUAAAUCUUGUCUUGAGAAUUUAACAGAUGAAAUUCUUUUUGAAAUAUUUAAUUAUCUUGAUACAUAUUAUAUUUAUAAAGGAUUUUAUCAUCUUAAUAAACGAUUUAAAAAUAUAUUUAUUAAUUCAAAUAUUUCAGAGAUAAUUAAUAUUUUACCAAUGUCAAAAUUGAAUUUCGAAAAUUAUUAUAUAAAUAUUAUUUUACCAAAUAGAAAUCGAAUUAAUUUACUUCGUUUAACAAAUCCAUUUACUCUUGAUGCUAUUUUUUCACCACCAAGUAUUAUUUUAGAAUUUAUUCGUCUUGAAAUAUUAAUUCUUGACAAUAUACAAUCAAAGAAUCUUAGUAAAUUUUUUUAUUGUCUAAGAUCUUUAACUAAAUUUCAUUCAUUAACUCUUUCUCUUGCUGAUAAUAUUGAAUUUUUAAAUGAUAUUUUUUCUAAUGUACUUUCAUUAUCAAAAUUAAAAUAUUGUAAAAUUAUCUAUCAAACAAAAAAUGAUGAAACACCAUUUUCUCCUUUUCUUACUAUUUAUGAUCGUAGUCCAAUUGAAUAUUUGAUUAUUGAUGGUUGUUUUCCAUUUGAUUCAUUAAAUAAUUUAUUAUGUUGUCUUCCAAGACUUCGUCAUUUAUCAAUGAAUUCUUUUCGUAAAUCCAGUUUUAGAGAUUUAGAUGAAGAUCUACCUUUAAUUGAAUUAAAAUAUUUAAAAUAUGUUUCUCUUAAAUUUAAUUAUUUUAUUUGUUAUAAUGAUUUUGAAAAUCUAGCAAAAAAAUUUUUUUAUCAUGUUCAAACUUUACGUCUGACAACAACCGGUGAUGAAGAAUAUUUAAAUGCUAAACGAUGGAAAAAAUUAAUAUUAUCUUCUAUGCCAUAUUUAAAUAUUUUUGAUAUUAAUCAUGAUGGUUCAAUACGAAAUAAUAAUUUUACAUAUCAUGAUAUAAUAAAUCGAUUUAAUUCUUCAUUUUGGCUUGAAAAUGAAUGGUUUUUUACACAUCGACAUGAAUGGCCUGAGAGAUUAGAUUGUGGAAUUUUUUAUUCAACAAAUCAAUAUCGAAGACAAGAAUAUAAAUUUCAUUGGGAAUUCGAAAAUCAAAUUUGUCCAAAUAUUCAAGAAACAAGAUUAAAUUCAGUUAAACAUCUUUUAAUUUGUGGUAAACAAGUAGCAAAUAAUAGUGUUAAUUAUUUUCCAAAUGUUACUCAAUUAACUAUUGAACAUUAUUUCAAAACAUCUUCUGAUAAUUCGAUUUCAAAAAUCCUUAAUCGUUUAAUUCCUUUAAAACAACUUACAAAAUUAAUUAUUAAAUCUUAUGAUUUUCCUUUUAUAGUUAUAGUGAAAUUAUUACAUUGUACACCUAAGUUAACAACAUUAAAAUUCGAUUCAUUUGUAUUAGAUGAAAUUAAUAUGAAAUUAUUUGAACAAAGUAAACUUUUUGAAUAUGUAUCAAAUAUAAAUACAAUAAAAAAUCUCGAAAUUCGUAAUGAUUGUUUAUUCAAACAAAUUCAAUUAAUUGUUAAUUUACUUCCAAAAUUAGAAUAUUUUAAAAGUGGAAUGAAUCGAAAAGAAACUGGAAAUAUUAUUCGAUUUUUAAUAACAAAACCUAAUAAUAAAAUUCAAAAUUUAUUCUUUAUAUGUAUUUCAGAAACACCAAAAAUAUGUUUAAGAGAAAUAAAUUUAUUAAUUAAAUUAGAAAAUUUACUUAAUGAUUAUUUUAUUAAAUAUGUUAAUCGUGAUUUAUAUUUAUGGUGGUAA